GGCCUAUCUACCCUCCAUGCAGUUCUCCGUGUUACCAUGGCAAUAUGAUGAAGAGGUUGUGCAAUUGGCCAGGAAGUUCGUGAACAUUCAUGAAAGGAUGGUGGCUCCGCGUGUUCUAGAAGCCAUCGAGGACGCCCAGGCAAAUGGCAUACCCUUGAUCCGUCCAAUCUGGUGGCUGGCUCCGGAAGAUGAGGACGCCCUUCAGGUAGACUCGGAGUUUAUGGUGGGAGACUUCUUACUCGUGGCUCCAAUACUAGAGGAUGCUCAGCGACAGAGAAGUAUAUACUUGCCGGAGGGCAAAUGGCGGGAUGAACUUCGUGGUUGUGAGCUAGACGGCAAAACCUGGCUACAAGACUACAGAAUCGAACUAGAUCAAGUGGCUACCUUUGUAAAGUUUUGAACUAUGGACUGAUUAUUCAUAAAUGCUGCUGCAUUCUAACUUAUGAAAUACCCGUUCCCAAAUAUUCUUCCAUCAUCAGGUAAAUUGUUUUGCCUCUGACAUGUUCUACAUAAGUAGGUGUGUUUGUCUUAAGAAUGUUUGAAAUGUUUAUUCUAAUAAGCAGAUGUGAUAUUUUUAUAUCUUGUUACCCAUUGAUAUGUUCUUCACCUUCAUAUUUACACAAGGUUUGAUAAACCGUGACAUGCAAUGCUUACCUGGCUUGCAAUGUGAACUUGCAAUCAAGUGAAUAUGGUUUCCAAGU